AUUAUUACAAUUAGUACAUAUGAAAGUGUAAAUCAAAAGUUUACAAGAUUUUAUAACUUUGCAUUUUGGCACGUCCGUUACGAUCAUCCUAGUUACGAUCAUCCUAGAUAAACAUGCAGGAAAAAUUAUUGAAAUUUCAUAUGAAAGUCAAGUGAAAGUUUAGAGAAUUCAUCAAUCAAAGGACAUAUUAUGUGAUCGAUGAUAAUAUACUCCAUUGUGAAAGUAAUUGAAUCUAUUGUUGUUUUCUGAAAGUGUAUGGAGAAAAAUACACUCAUCAUGCGAAUCAUAUAGAAAAAUUUUAUGAUUUUGAUUGAUGCCUAAACUAUAUGAUCAUGCAUGUUCAUGUUAUCUAACCACAACUCGGUGUUUAUGAGAUUAGUUAUUGAAUGAUGGAUAUAUUUUUAAUGAUUAUCCAACCAAACAUAAGUUUGAUAUGACAACAAGCUAAGCUUACCGAUCUCUUGUCGAGGCAUGCUAUUUAGCAUGUGGUAGCAUUAAUUCACAUGAAGCCAACAAGUUAUCAUAAGUUUCCCUUCAUACAAAUGAUUUUGGUUGGGACCAAACAUUUCAAAUGCUAUAAAAUUUGGAUGUGCAGAAUACAUCUCGAUUGAUCCACCAACUUAUAUUGGACAUGAGUGUCCAUUGCAAUGAGAGAUUUGUUCAUGCCUCUUGCUAUUUAUCAUCAUUUUGAUGAAUCAUCUUUUUUCGAACAUUAAGGGGGAGAAAAGUAAACAAUUUGGUAUGUAUGUGAGUUGGAUGAUCAUCAAAUUAAGAAAGAUGAACCCAAAUUUCAUAUGAUAGAAUCAUUGAUAAAAAAGAAAGGCAAAAUACACCUGUGUAGCCAAAACUUUGAUGGUUUUGCCAAAUAUAGCCACUUUUGGCGAAAUACCAAAAAUAGCCACUUCCGUUCAAUUCUUUGACGGUGUUAACCAAACGGCUGACUGGACUAACGACAUUGCUGAGUUGGUGACAUUUUUAAACAAAACAUUGCCACAUAGAUUAAUGAAAAAAUUAAUAAAUAAAAAAAUUGCCCAAACCCCACAUCCCCCUAAACCCAACUCCGUCUCUAUUUCAACCUCAUCGAUAAAAAAAAAUCUCUGAUUCCACAUCGUCUCCUCCAUCUAUGCACAAGUUCUCUUUUACCCUCUGUUCCGGAAGGAGAGAAAAGGGGGUGAGGGAAAAAGCAAGUGGGGAAACACGGGUACCAAGGAGCUUUCCUCUGUUCUUGAAGUUGAUGUACAGGAGGAAGGGAGGGAAAGUGACACUGUAGGAGCCGACCCUCCGAUUUGGAGAGAAAGAGAGUGAAGGCCACUUUUGUUGGGUGUUGGCUAUUGGGUAUAAGGCUCUUUUUUUAUUUCUUAUUAUUAUAUUAAUUAAUAAGGGGACUUAUAUGGGAGACAAAUUAUAUUUGUUUUUUACUUCAACCUUCAUUUGUUAAUUAGUCCACUAUUAAUUGAUUAAUAAAUUUAAAAUAAAACCAAUUUAUCUUUUGGGCUAAAUAAUAACUACCCUAUUAUUUUAUUAAUGGCCGGAACACGUUUCUUUUACCUAAUUAAGGACUCGGUUUGUUCAAGCUGGUUUUCUUUUUGUGAUAGUUUUUUUUACGAAUUUUUUUUUGUCAUAGUGGGUUCUGGAUUAAGGAGAUUAAUUAGAGAUUUUAUAAAAUAUAAAAUAAUUGGGGGCUUUUGACGUAGAGGCCAUUUAAUUGAUGAUAAGUGAUUAUUAUUAAAAUUAGUGUAUGUAAAAUCAUACUGUACGGCGUACGAUCCAUAUGGGUGAUUACGUCACGUAUAACGUUAUUUUACGCGAUACGUAAACCUGCUACAUGAUAUGUAAAAUUGUGUUACGAUCCUUGUAAAAACAAAUAAAAACAAACUGUGUCACAAAAAAAAAAUUCAAGUCAUCUACUUUUGAUUUUUAAUAGUGAACAAAAUUAGUAAGAAAGUACAAAUUUAAUUCACAAUUCAUAACCAAUGAAAAUAAUAUCAACAUAGAAUCAAAUUAUUUUACUAUUAUAUACCCAAUAAAAUAACAUAUCCAUCACAAUUUCCAAUACACAUUUUCCUUCUCACUUUCCUCCAUAAAACACCAUUUUCCUUCCAAUUCCCCUCACCUCCAAAUCUCCCCUCCCCUCCUAAUUUUCCUUCCCCCUAAACCCAACUCCGUCUCUAUUUCAACCUCAUCGAUAAAAAAAAAUCUCUGAUUCCACAUCGUCUCCUCCAUCUAUGCACAAGUUCUCUUUUAGAGACCCAUUCCACCAUAGUCUGCUCAAUUGAAACCCAGAAACCAUUUCAUCUAAAACCAUCUCAAAACUUUGAAACCCCAAAUCCAUCAAAACUUGAAACCCCACAUCCCCACAAUUUCUAAUCUGCUAUCUCCACCAAUACAGAUCUAAAUUCCAAUCUCCUAUUUGCUCAAUCGACCGCUGCAUACUCGUUGUCGUCGCAAUCGCCAUCGUCAAUCAUCAUCGUCGUCACUCCCUCGUCGCGCCUACUGCCGCCGCCGGGCCGGGAGGGGUUUGGGCCGUUCAAGCCCGACCCGAUUUUUGGGGUUACGCCGCGGCUCCACACGAGAUGGUAGCUCAACACUCGAGUCUCUUUGUUCAACAGCAGCAAGUAGCUGCGGCGGCGGCGGCCGCUACCAUGGGGGAGGCCUCAGCAGCUAGGCUCCAGAUAGUGGUAACUCGCCUCUCCCGCCGUAGCUUUAGCUGCUGCCGCCGUCGCGGUCCUGGUGUUCGGCUCCGCCGUGAAGAUCUAAAAGACAGUCGUCUCCCUUGUGCUUCUGAAGAGAUCUGAAAUUUCAGAUCUGAUCCUCUAGGUACUGCGUGGCGCCGCCCACCCCUUCUCCCCACUCCACCUCCAGUCCACGAUAGUCACUCUGGAUCCAUUUCGAACACUUUCUGUUCUUAUCGGAUUAAGUAUAGCAGAAAAAGCAGAGCAAUUGAUCAGGUGAAAGAGUAAGAAGAACAAGAAGGAGAAAAGGCAGAGGUAAGGACUGAACGGGACAUAUUCGUUCCCAGUAGAGAAUUAAUGGCUGCUUCAGCGGAGAGGAGUGUUUGGAUUGGAAGCAAGGAAACGAAAUGGGAAGAAAAGAAUUAGGUAGAGGGAAGAGAGAAGUAACAAUGGUUGUGGCUUGUGUGUAGAGUGCUGAUGGGGAGUGAGAGGGUAAGAAGGGAUUCUUGGUUUAUUUAUUUAUAUAUUUUAAAUAUAAAUAUAAAUGAUGUGUCAUCCACCUAUUAUUGGAGAGUGAGUUAUUGAUGACGUGUCUGGUGAGUUGGCAACGUAGUAAGUCAAUCGUUAAAAUAACUAACAGUGUUAUUGACACCGUUAAACUUUGUAACGGAAAUGGCUAUAUUUGUCAUGAAAUUUUCAAAAUACUGGCUAUAUAUGGUAUUUCUCCAAAAAUGGCUAUUAUUGUCACAAACGCGAAAGUUAUGGCUACAUAAAUGUAUUUUGCCAAAAAGAAACAAAAUAAUUGUCAAACAUCUUUUACUCAUCAAAGGAGUGAAUAUGUCACAUGUCCAAUUGUGAAUGUUCCAAUACAAAUUGAAUCGCAACGAACCCGUUUCCAAUUAAUUGAAAAUCAAAGGCAUUUUAUUAGAAACAAAUGUAAGAAUGUUGUUCAACUAUAUAGCAUCCUCUCUCAGCCGUGUUGAAAAGUCGAGAUUCACGCAAAAUUAUUAGCUUUGGCGUAUCUGUUGUUUAAAGAAAGAGAUAAUUUACUGCUCGCAAGUCGCAAUGGCGGUAUCUUAAUCAAAGAUGUGGAAAAAGCCGGAAGAGAAGGCUGGCAAGAGAAGAGAAGAGAAGACUGCUGCUGCUGGCAGGGAGGAAUGAUACUUUUGUGAACUCAUUCGUUCGUGUUAAAGUCAAAAACAAAACCUCCUCCCUCCAACCACUCUUCCUCCUCUCUCUCUCCCGUCUCCAUUCCUUCGCUCAUCGCGACUUGUCAUCCUCCGCCGGCACCUUCCCCUCCUCCUCCUCUUCGCCCUUUGAAUCGGGGCGCAGCGUCUCACCGUCAACGCCAGCGCCGCCGCCGCUUCACCAUUUCUAGUUUCCAUUUCGCGCCGGUAGCAAUCUGAUCUGCCUCUCCUCUUUUUCUGUUUAAUUCAUUAGGUGAUCCUUUGUUCUCUUCUUCGCCGGCAGUAGAUUGUGUUUCCUCUUGAAUUUUUGGGCUUUGUUUGUUUUUGUAUUCUUCUUCGCCGGCAGUAGAUUGGUUAGUGUUUGGUUCGAUCUGCCUAUCAAUUGGCCAUCUGGAUUCACUCUUUUUGCCUCUGAUUUACUCUUGCCUUUCACAAUUCUGCUACUUCUUGUGAUUUUUGCACGGUUCUCUCUGUCUCUGGUGUUCUUAUUCGGAGUCUUUGCUUAUUCAAUACUGUAAGGAACUUGCUUGAAUUUUUUCUCUUGUUAGGAAUGUUUCUAAAUUUGGUUUCGGCUAUCCAUAUAUAGUUAGUUCUCAUUAGCCAAUUGGUGGAUUCUGUCUGAGUAGGGUCCUUUCUUUAGUUUGGUAAAAAGUAAAAGGAAUGGAUUCCA